AUGUCCGGAAGAAUUAGACGAAACCUGAACGCUGCCUUGAAAACCAUUCAAGAGCAUACUGCCGAGGCCAAUCGAAUUAUUGCUGAGGAAAACGAUGAUGAUACUCGCAGAAAGUUGAAGCUGGAAAAAGCCCAUAUCGAGACCACUAUCGUAAGAAUUGAGGAAUUGGAUGCUCAAUGGAGUGAUUAUGUGGCAAGCUUAGAAGGGCCGCAGAAAAUGGCUGAGGAAUCGCUAUACCUCGAUUUUCCGCCCCGAGGUGCUGGUAUGGAAAGAGAGGAAGGCCAGGAAGUACCGUUAGCUCAACGUCAUUUUGUGGAUCAGUGCGAAUUUGCCCGACAAGUGGUUGUGCUAAUUGAGCAAACCAUGGAGGAUCUUGGCCAAUCUAGAACCAGUUCUCGCCAAUCUGCAAUGAGCGAAGUGUCAGAUAACCGAACCAAUGACCUUGGAAACCAAAAUCGGAGGGCACAAGGAAAUCAAAGGCCGCAGCCGCCUACAGUACAGUUGCAACAGCCUUUUAUGGCGCAACCACGUGCCAAGCUCCCUCCCUUGCAUUUACCUCAUUUUUCGGGAGAAACCAGAGACUGGCCUACCUUUUGGCAACUUUUCGAGUCAACUGUGGAUAAUGAGCCCAGCUAUGACAAUGUUGUAAAAAUGAGUUAUUUGCUCUCUCUGUUGGACAGGCCCGUACAGAAUGUGGUGGCUGGAUACUUACCUACGAAUGAAAACUAUCCACGCGUGGUAAAGCUGCUGAAGUCUCGAUAUGGUGACAAACGAGCACUCAAGGAGUCGUUACAGUCAGAGCUGUACCAUCUACCCCAUGCUAAUGAUUCAGUUAUGGGAUUGCGAAAAUUUUUGGACAUAAUUGAAAGAGUAUGCCGACAAUUGACUGAUUACGGAAUUAGCGAUGACUCUUGGAUAGUUUUCACUAUAAAAGAAAAAUUGCCCAGAGGAAUACUUGCCAAACUGAUCGAAAAGGAACGAGUAGCCGAGCAAACUUGGAAUGUCGAAAAGUGGAGGAAAGAGCUUGACCUACUUAUUUCAGUCAAAGAAGAGGUCCAGAAAUGUAGCGUUAAUAAGGAACCUGAUUGGCACCCACAAAGGGACAGACGCCCACUGCCAAACCCUGAGCAAACCAGUUCAUUUCCGGUUACAAGUCAACCGAGGAAACCCUUUUGUUCAUUGUGCGAAGGAACCCAUCUACCAAGCAAAUGCCCGAAACAUAACAACCUUCAGGCCAAGAAGGAUCGUUUGCUGGAACAAAACCGUUGCCUAAAGUGCAUAUUAUGUAGAGGGAACCACCCUCCAAGCCAUUGUUCUAAGUAUAGCAGCCCAAAGGCGAGGAAAUACAAGUUAUUAGAGCAGAACCGUUGCCUAAACUGCCUGAGUGAUGGCCAUCGAACCUUUGAUUGCAGGAAGAAUCGACGAUGUAUUAAAUGUCGAGGAAAGCACCACCUUAUGGUUUGCUAUUCACGUGUGUCAAAAAUCCAAAUGUUGGAACCUAUGCGGAAGAGCAAUGAUUAUUGUUCAAAGCAGGCUGGAAUGUUUGAAACUAAAAAAUUGUUAGAUGAAAAAACAAAGGCUCUCCAAGAGAAAGAUAGAACGAUAGUGAAAUUGAUGUCCGAGCUGAUGUUGGCACGCAGAAAAUCCGAGGAGGAAUCCAAAAAAGCUAAGCGAUUGAAAGUUCUCUUAGAUGAAGCUAAUUCGAGGAAGAUUGGUGAUUUUAAUCCGAAAAAGAUCGAUAAGAGAAAAGGAAUUCUGAAAGAGACUCAAGUGCGAAUCAAUUCCCUUCAGAAGACUAAUCGAGAAUUGCUGGUCAAAAAUGAUAAGCUCAAGCGUGAAAUGCACGUCUACCGUAACAAAUGCUUACAACUAGAAAGACUGGAACCACCAGAUUUCUAUGCCUGUUGCUGCCCCUGGAUGGGUAUAAAAAUGUUCAUGAUUGUCCUUGUCGCUUUUGCUAUGAUCUUGGAUGGCGCUAAAGCUGCUUUGAGGAUGUUUAUUAACGCAACCAAUAAACUUUGGAAAUGUAAAACGAAUGGAAGGAUGGAAAAUGAAUUGACUCUUGAAACCCGCUCUUGGCUUUCUUUAACGAUUUUUGCCACCGUUGUUGCGAUCAACCCCAGUUGGACCUUUCUCGCCAUCUUUGUUAAUGUUAUGGAUGGCUGGACACAUGCACGGAAAGAGAGCAGAAAAUGUGCAAUGGAUGAUGUGCCGAAGAUCAAGAAAAGAAAGAAAAUACUUGAAAGAUGGAAAAAGGAAAUUGAGGAUGAAACUUUCAGACGCGGGCGGGAAUGUCGCGAAGCGACUAAGGAUGAGGAAAAUAAAAUAAAUAUAUUUUUAUAAUUUUAAUUUAUUUCGAAAUUAAUCAUCAUUUAUUGCAAAUUCCUUUUUCGGACUUUUACCUUCUAAAAAACCAUUUUUUAUGUAAACAUCUAUUCAAACUCUGUUUACAUUUUUAGCUCCUUUUGUUCUAAAACUUAACUUAAUUUUCCACUCUUUUGUAUUAUUCAAAAUAUGUGCAUUUUAUCUAAUCGUUCCUAUUAUGCCUUUAAUGAUCGAAAUAUUUUUCUGUCUACCCGCCUAUUUUUCUGGCCUAUAUAAUCUCCCACCCCAAACCCCUAUUAGCUUCUUUCUGUUUGAGCUUCUUUGGUACUUAGCUUGCUUCCUCUGUUAGCUUUACUCUGUUUGGCCUUUAUCUUCUCUUGAACUGUUCUUUGCUGUAUUGACGCUGUGCUUUUUUUGGAAAUAAACUUAUUUAAUUGAUUGAAGUGUUUUUUGGUUG